CAGCUCUCUCUCUCUCUCUGCCUGUCUCUGUCUCUGUCUGUCACUGAGCUGUGCUUGCUUGUUCUUUACCACCUGCUGGUCGCCCCCUCCGUUAUCGGCCGCCAACAAUACACCAAAACCUUUGCCAAACAGCUCACAUUCAGCUCAAUGUUUAAAUUUUUUUCUCGACACGGGAAGUUGAACGCUUCGUGACGAUGUUGAGGAAACAUUCUGCUGCCCAUAUCUCGCUGUGGUACUUCAAAUUUAUAAUUUGAUGUACGGAUUUUAAAAGACGCCUCUGUUUCUAUUGCCCCAUCUGUUCCACUAAAAGAAGGAAGCUUCUUCUGUGCUCUCCUUCAUAAAGCGAGAGAGAGGUAGAUAGAAAUAGUUGAAUUGGAGCCAACAAAAAAUGUUGAAAAAGUGAAUUUUGGAACUGUUGAUACAUUGCGCUGGAGUAAUUACACUCUUCUGUAUAUUCACAUUCAAAAGCUCACUACUAGCAAGAUGAUUGAUCAAUUCAUCAAUUUUGUUAUUCGACCUCCAAGGGCUGAUUAUAACCCAGAUCAGUAUCUUUGGGAAAAGGAGUUUACUCUUGCUGGCAGGCAAUACAAAAGACAUGAUUUGGAGCUUACAAAUGCAAGGGGCCAUAAGCUGCGUUGUAGUCAUUACGUGCCUUCAUCAUUUCCUGAAGAAACUCCACUCCCUUGUGUUAUAUACUGCCAUGGAAACAGUGGAUGUAGAGCGGAUGCCAAUGAAGCUGCUGUAAUUCUUCUCCCAUCAAAUAUUACUGUAUUCACACUUGAUUUCUCGGGAUCAGGCUUAUCUGAUGGUGAUUAUGUUAGCCUAGGGUGGCACGAGAGAGACGAUCUCAAGAUUGUGGUAUCAUAUUUGAGAAGUGAAAGACAAAUAUCUCGUAUAGGUCUCUGGGGACGAUCAAUGGGUGCUGUCACCAGCCUUCUUUAUGGAGCAGAAGACCCUUCAAUAGCAGGAAUGGUGUUGGACAGUGCCUUCUCAAACCUAUUUGAUCUUAUGAUGGAGCUUGUUGAUGUGUAUAAAAUCAGGCUUCCUAAAUUCACGGUUAAGAUGGCUGUGCAGUACAUGAGGCGUGUAAUUCAGAAGAAGGCAAAGUUUGACAUUAUGGAUCUAAAUUGUCUGAAGGUAGCACCCAAAACAUUCAUUCCAGCAUUAUUUGGACAUGCCAGUGAGGACAAAUUUAUUCAACCUAAUCACUCUGACCUCGUAUUUAAUUCAUAUGUGGGGGAUAAAAACGUUAUAAAAUUUGACGGUGAUCAUAACUCCUCCAGGCCACAGUUUUAUUAUGAUUCAGUCUCCAUUUUCUUCUUCAACGUGCUUCGUCCUCCUCAGAUCUCUUCUGCUUGUUCAAGUAAACUUGAAAAAUACUUUGACCUUGGUGAUAUGAAAGUUGGUGCUGGCAUGGAUGAGAUUCUGUUGUAUGAAACAAUCACUGGCAUUGAAACUGAGCCAACCAAUGCUGCAAGUUCAUCUUCUGCUGCACCUAGCGUUUUGAUGACUAAGCCCGUAAAUGAACUGAUCUCAGAAGUUGCACCGCUAACUACAUUGGAUUCCAUUGUUGCUAGGAACAAUAGACCUGACAGUGACGAACAAUCAAAUUUACAGGAUAAGCCCAAUGGCCAAAGUGACGAAUGUUGUUCAUAUACCAGCUCAAACAGAGAAAGUUGGGGAAGAUGCUCUUCACUAGGGGGCAGUGAUGAAGACUCUUCAGCGGAUUGUACAACUGCUGAUAAUAGAAAUGAGGCGACUCUUAACGUGCUUGCAACACCGCUUAAAAGCAUGGCUCAAAAAUCGUGUGAUCCACCAAAAGAGGAAAAGAAGAAAAAUAAGAAUAAGAAGAAAAAAGCUUCAAUAACCCCAAAGCCCAAGCACGAGAAGCUUGAAAAGCUAGAAGCCCUUAGUAAACGACUACGCCUUUGCAUCUUGAGACGAGUUAAUCACCGGAGGAAUCGUUCCACAUGAGUCGCCCCAGUAACAUUAAACUGUUGUAUUUUCUCUCUUGUUUCUAUUGUUUUCAGUGCAAAGUGUUCAAGUCAUUUUAAACUUGAAGCAAAAUUAUGCAGAUUUCCAAGCUUUACUUUGAUAAAUGUAUAAAUGCAGUAUUUAGAUUGAACAGUUGUCC